UGACGUAACGCGCUCUUGACGUCACUCCGUCAGCCAUCAUGGCGGCGUCCUGUGUGCGCUCACUGGGCUUGGUUCUGGGGAAAUGUGGGACUUACAGCUCUGGAAUAAACACAUUCGGGUCUCAGCUGAACCGCCAGAUCUGUGUGAGCGCUGGCCUCCGCAGGAAGAACCUGGCGGCCGCAGGGCCGGAGAAGUUCACCAUGGAGUUCAUCCAGAAGCAGGCGGAGGAGUUUGACAUCGGGAAGAGACACUUGGCCAACAUGAUGGGGGAGGACCCGGACAACUUCACCCAGGAUGAUAUCGAUAGGAGCAUCGCCUACCUCUUCCCUUCCGGCCUGUUUGAUAAGAAAGCUCGGCCCCUCAUGAAGCAUCCAGAUGAGAUCUUCCCCAAGCAGAGAGCUGUGCAGUGGGGUCCAGACGGACGGCCGUUCCACUUCCUGUUCUACACCGGCAAGCAGUCCUACUACUCCUUAAUGCACGAGCUUUACAGUAAAAUCCUGAACAUCGAGAAGCACCAAGACCGAAUGAGGGCCAAGGGAGUUUUCUCCCCGGACGCCAAGCUGAUCUCUCCCGGGAUGAGCAGGUGGCUCACCAAGGAGGAGCUGGAGGCGGUGCUGGUGGAGGCCAUCUCUCCUCACGACUACGACCGGCUCAUCCAGCUGAUGGAGCGCCUGCUGGCCGCGCCGUACGGCGCCGCCGAGGGGGAGUUCGUGAUGCGGUACCGCCGCCAGCUGGAGGCGCAGUCCGCCCAGCAGGUGGCGCCGGCGCUGGAGAGGGACGAGAGGGGCGUGGCCUACAGCGAGGCGGACGGGCGGAGGAAGACGUCGACCUCCACAGUCGUCCUCCGGGACUGCGGCUCUGGACGCAUCACCGUCAACGGCCGGGACUACGUGCACGCCUUCCCCGUGCUGCAGGACAGGGAGCAGCUCAUGUUCCCGCUGCAGUUCCUCGGCAUGCUGGGACGCUUCGACCUGGAGUGCACCGUCAGCGGCGGCGGCCGGUCCAGCCAGGCGGGGGCGCUGCGGCUCGCCAUCUCGCGGGCGCUGCUCAGCUUCGGGUCGGAGAGCGACCGGGAGGCCAUGAGACAAGCCGGUCUGCUGACUGCCGAUCCCAGACUGAGGGAGAGGAAGAAGCCUGGCCAGGAAGGAGCCCGACGCAAAUUCACCUGGAAGAAACGCUGAGAGACCUCUUCCGGACUCGAACCUGCGGCCGUCGGUCCGGGCCGUGCCGUCCCCUCCACUGUCAUUCAAAGUGAACUUGUGCUCCUCGGUGGUCGGGUGCAGCUGAUGGAGGCCGAUCUUCCUCUUGCUUGAGAGCCAGAGACAGAGUGCAGUGACACCUGUGUGCCACCGGAGGGAGCUGUUUCAUUACAAGUCUGAACUGUUCAAGAGUCGUGAAAUAAAUUAAAUGUUUUCAUAUUAAAAACUAUAUUUAUUUGAUGUUUUAUUAUUUAAAACAUAGUUUGAUGUCAGCAUUGUUGUUGAAAAACCCCUUUAAAGGUGGCAAAAUGUUGGAAUAAAACAAAUUUAAGAGGAAAUCCGAAGAAUUUCUCCACCUUUUGAGUUGAAACAUAUCUGUCCCUCUAUUCCGCUUCAUCCUCUUCAGGGUCACGGAGCGCUGGAGCCAAACCAGGUAACCAUGGCUGAGGGCAGGAAACGUCCUGAACAGGGAUUAAAACCAUGUGCACACAGGGAGAACGUGCAAACACUGUACCGAAGUCUGCGUCCUAAUUUGAACUCUGACCGUCCAGAGAAUGCAAACGUUUUAUUCCUGCUAACAUAUUGUCAAAAAACAACAGUUCAGAUGACAUUCAGUGUAUCAAAACAAUUAAAAAUAAGUUCAAGGAGGAAAAACGAUCGAUAUAUAGAAGGAAGGAGCAAGUUUCAUCUCAUAGCCAGCGGUUUGAGUUGACAAAUUCAUUUAGCCUAGACUUACACUUUUUUCAUGGCUUUAAGUCUGUUGGAGUGUUCAGAAGACAAAAUGUAAUGUUGGAACUUGUUAUGAAAAGUAAUAUAUCAACAUUCAUGUAACCUCAGUGAAUGUAAUACUUUGACAUCAGGAAUAAAAGUUUUAAAACGCUUUUAAGCAUCCAGUUAUCAAACGGCCCCAACAACACAUUUUCCCCCAAAAGAGGUGAAAUAUCUUGAAUAUUAAUUUGAAUGAAAUUACACAAUUUCUGCCAAAUAAUUGCUUCAGGGUAUUUAUUUCAAAGACUGCA